AUGUCAAGUGGUCUACUCGAACUUGUAGGAGGUGUUCGUAUUAUUGUCACGGGAGACGAAGGAGAAAUUCAUUUCCAAUUCCAAGACCAUGUACUACUGGUGUGUAAUCAUCGCAGUGAAGUGGAUUGGAUCUUCUUUUGGAAUCUGGCUUUACGUCUCGGUGUACACGAUCGUAUUCGCAUCAUGAUGAAAAGUGUAAUUCGAUACGCUCCUGGCGUUGGGUGGGCCAUGAUGUUACUUGAGUAUCCGUAUAUUAAUCGAAACUGGACUACGGAUCAAGACCGAUUAUCAAAGGUCAUUGCAUCGUACAAGGAAGUAAAGAUAGGCUCGUGGCUGGCAAUGUUUCCGGAAGGAACGGCGCUGUAUGACAAAACGCUGCAGCAAAGUCACGAUUUUGCGGUGAAAAAAGGAAAUACUACUUGGGAUUUUGUACUGCAACCGAGAGUUAAGGGGUUUGAAUUGUGUAUGAGGAAGCUGGAUCCAGAAUAUGUCGUAGAUCUCACAGUUGCAUAUCCAGAGCUUAUAGGAGGAAUUCGACCGUCUCCGAUGCGAUUCAUUCAAGGACAGUACCCGACGGAGGUGCAUAUGCACGUAAAACGGUAUCAUCGAUCAGCGUUGGUAAAGCACAAGGACCAUAUGGAUCAGUGGCUCAAGGAUUGCUUUGCAGAGAAGGAGGAACGUCUUCGGUAUUUUUACAAGACUGGCGCGUUUGAAGGUAAACCGUGUGUGUGUCAGAAGCUUCCAAUGUGGAGCUCCGUUGUACCAGGCAUAGCUUUCAACUUGGGGCUGUGCUGCUUAACAGUGUACCUAUUGGCCAACAAUCCUGUUGGAACGGGUACAUGGUUUGUACUCGCGACCAUGCUCUCCGUGUUCCAAGCCCGCAGCUUCGGAAAUUAA